AUGGAUAAAGAUAACUUACUUAAGUCUUUAGCGGGAACGUUAGAUUCAGAUUUCCAAGUUAGAAAACAAAGUGAACAAGAAUUACAUGUAUUUGAAGUUCAACCUGGGUUUACUGCGUACUUGCUUGACUUAAUCACUGAAGAGGAUGUUCCACUUGGAAUUCAAAUCAGUGCCGCCAUUUUUUUCAAAAAUAGGGUUGUUAACUAUUGGUUGAUUUCUGAAAAUAAGGCUGCAACACCAUUGAAUAUCCAAGAUAAUGAAAAACCGAUCAUCAAAGAGAAAUUGGUCCAAACGUUGAUUAAAAAACACAAGAAUAACCAGUUAAAAUUACAGUUAGCCACUGCUAUGCAUAACAUUUUGAACUCUGAAAAGUGGGAAGAAUUGAUACCUGUGAUUAAGAAGUUAAUUAGUGAUUUUGAUAAUAUUGACCAUAUAUACACGGGGUUGAUAUGCUUAUACGAGUACACGAAAAAUUACAGAUGGGCAGGCUUGGAAAGCUCGAACUCAACUAAUCCAGUGUUAGAAGAAAUCUCCACUGAAAUGUUUCCAAUUUUAGAGAAUUUGGUCACAAAUUUGUUGAAUAAUGAUUCACCGGUCACCGAUGAAAUGUUGUACAUGAUCAUUAAAGUAUUUAAGUUUACAACAUUCUCAUCAUUGCCAAGUUAUUUCCAAGACCAGUCGAAAUUAGGAAAUUGGUGCCACUUGCAAAUUCUUAUCAUAAACAAACCAUUACCAGCCUCAGUUAUGGAAGAAGAUUCCAUUGAAUUGAGAAGCGCCAAUCCUAGAAUCAAGACUGUAAAAUGGUGUUUUGGUAACUUACACAGAUUAUUGACACGUCAUGGAGGUGGUUAUAGUACCAAGGAUAAGGCUAAUAAUGAGUUUGCAAAAUCAUUCUUAGAGAAUUUUGUUCCAGAGAUUUUGAAUGCUUAUUGGACAAUUAUCGAGAAUUGGUCUGUCAAAAAGGUGUGGUUAUCGGAAGGAUCUUUGUAUCAUAUGAUUUCGUUUUUGGAGCAGUUGAUUGAAACACCUGCUUGGGCUUUAAUUUCUGACAAAUUGGAUGCUAUAAUUCUUCAUGUCAUUUUGCCUACUUUAAAUGCUAACGAAGAAACCAUAGAAUUAUACGAAGAUGAACCAGAUGAAUAUAUCAGGAGAUUCUUUGAUAUCAACAGAGAAAGUAACACUGCUGAUGUAGCAUCUAUCAACUUUAUUUUCAGAUUGUCCACCAAAAAGUUUAAAUCUACUAUCAACCAAGUUCUAGGAAUUGUUAAUGGUAUUUUUAGUAGAAGAAAUGAAAAUCGUCAAGAUAUUGCAACAGCAAUGGAAACUGAAGGUGCUCUCCGUGUGUUGUCAACUUUAUCAUACAAAUUGGAUAAGAAGUCAUCACCGGUUCAAGGUCAAUUGGACCAAUUAUUACAUACAUUCAUCUAUCCAGAGUUAUCUGAUGAAACAGUAUCUAGAACCCCUUGGUUGACUGCAAGAGCAUGCGACACUUUGGCUAUGUUUGUCUACAAAUAUCAAGAUCAACAAGUAUUACAAGACAUAUUCCAAGCUGUUGUGAAAUGUUUCCAAAACCAAGAACAGUUUCCGGUCCAGCUUACUGCAGUUGAUGCAUUACGUACUUUAGUGGAUGAAGAAUUAGUUGCUGAACAUAUUUCCGGACAGGCACCACAAUUAAUGGGUACAUUAUUGGACAUGUCCAAAAAUUCGAGUCAGAUAUCUUAA